AUGGUUCAGGCAUCGUGGCAGGUCAAGGCUGAAAAAUGCCGAAAGAUCCUGCAGAACUCUCUCAACCCAGAGUGGCUGCUGCCGGUCGAUGAAUUGCCCCCGCCUGACCAGCUCGACGUGCACUCCUUUGCAGACACCUGCAAACUACUGACUCCCCGAGAGUUGGAAAUCACAAAGACCAACGCCACAGACCUGGUGGCUCAAAUGGCGGCUGGCACGCUGACGGCCGUGGACACGGUGACAGCCUUCUUGAAGAGAGCCCACCUGGGUCACCAGCUGUUGAACUUUGCGACCGAAUUCAUGGUCGAACAGGCUCUCACCCGGGCUUCCGAGCUCGACGCGCACUUUGCCUCGACAAAGUCCCUGGUAGGAGCUUUGCACGGCGUGCCCAUCUCAGUGAAAGAACACGUGGCCAUUAAGGGCCGCCUUUGCCAUUCCUGCUACAUCACCUGGACCGACAACGUCGCCGACGAGGACGCCUUGAUGGUGAAGUUAUUAAAGGAUGCUGGCGCCGUCAUUCAUGUUAGAACAAAUCAACCACAGACUCUUAUGCACAUUGAUUGUGACAAUGUUAUUUACGGUCCCACGGUCAACCCCUAUAACCGGAAACUCACCUCCGGAGGUUCGAGUGGCGGCGAAGGGGCGUCCCUGGGUUUCCGCUGUGCCGCCGUCGGCAUCGGCACCGACAUUGGAGGCUCUGUGCGCGUGCCCGCCGCGUUCUGUGGAGCUUAUGGACUUCGCACCACGGCCUUGAGGAACCCUUACAAGGGUGUCCUCCUUGCUGGUGACGGGCAGGAAAGCAUUCGCUGCGUCAUUUCCCCCCUGGCCAAUAGCCUUGCAGAUAUCAACCUCGUGCAAAAGGCCAUCCUGGACCAGGAACCCUGGGAGGAAGAGACGUCGCUGGUCCCAUUGCCGUGGAGGAGUGCCCCAGUCGUUGAACCCAGCCAGAUCACCGUUGGUGUCAUAUGGGAUGACGGGGUGGUUCACCCACAUCCGCCCGUGACUCGUGGUCUUAAGCAUGCCGUGUCGAACCUCAAGGGCGUCGGAGUCAAGGUGGUGGACUUCGAGCCGUACGAACAUUCCCGAGGAUGGGAUAUCCUCAAGGUGCUUUACUUCCCAGACGCAGGCAAGUACCAAAAAGACCUCCUGGCCAAGGGAGGCGAACCUGUUGCCCAUUUGACGGAUUGGGCCUUCAGCGUGGCCAAACCCGAGGCAAUCAGCGUCACCGAGAACUGGGAGUUGAACGUGCGACGUGAAGCCUACCGAGCAGAUUAUCAUCGCGUCAUGAAGGAACGAGGCGUCGACGUUCUUCUCACCCCAGCCUACGUCGGUGUAGCUCCUGAGCUCGCCACCGGCCAGUACUGGCUGUACACGGCGAUAUGGAACAUCCUCGACCAGCCCGCCGUCACCUUUCCGACCGGGUUGAAGGCGGACCCAAACGUCGACGUGGUCGAGACCGACUACACACCACGGUCGGCAGAGGAUGAACGAGAGUACAAGAAAUCAGACAUUCCCGACAAAUUUAUCGGCGCACCAAUCCCGUUGCAAGUUGUAGGCAAGCAUUUCCGUGACGAAGAUACCGUGGCCGCAGCCGAAAUGAUCUUGAAGAUCAUUCAGGAAUAG